AUGGCAGAUGAAAAUGUGGACAAAAAAGAAGAAGGUAAAAAGCACACUUAUCCACUUAUACAAUACUCAGAUAUGCAUGAGGAGAUGAAGAUUGAAGCCAUGGAGCUAUGUGUCACAGCAUGUGAGAAAUUCAGCAACAACAAUGAACAAGCAGCCAAGAUGAUAAAAGAUCUGAUGGACAAAAAGUUUGGAAUGCCAUGGAAUGUCUGUGUUGGUGAAGGAUUUGGUUUUGAAGUGACCUUUCACAAGAGAAACAUUCUUUUCAUGUUCUUUGGUGGUAAUAUUGGCAUUCUUGUCUGGAAAAUAUCCUGA